AUGGCCGAAACCAUGUGGGAAUGGGAUGGGCCGGAGUCGGAGCGACUCAGACCAAGGGCGAGAAAUAACAGCGACGAGGACGAUGAUGGCGAAAGAGGCAUGCCGCUUCCGCCGAUGUCACCGCUGUGGAGAGAGCACGGUAAAGGCCAAGGCGGGGGAGGGAUUCACAUCGUGGUCUGCUGCUGUAACGAAACGCAGGAGGAGCUGAAGGUUAUGCUCUCCACGUUUCGGACUGACGCUACAGCCUCGUGCCCGGUACGAAUCAGCUUCGUACUGGAACCUAGGGGUGCUGCCGAAGCAUCUAGUGAGACCGACGAGGUGCUAAAGCGGCUUCUACGAGUGACUGAUGAGAGCGCGACCGAGGUUUCCGGGUGCAUCCACCACUCCGGCACGCUAGACAAGACUCUCAUCCCCUUUGACCUCUACGUCAAGGGCCCCUCGCUUCCAGUCGGAAAGCGAAACAGUCUGGUCACAUUCUUCAACGACAUCCUUCCUGUCAAGAUGUCUAGGGGCGAGGCUGUGGAGCCCGAUGUGGUGUAUCUUCUAGACGCCGACAGUGGCCAUCCGGUCAACGGUCUCGAGGACUUGGAAUCAAUGUGGCGGUUGCUGAUGGCGGAGGAGGAGGUGGCGUGUGUCACGUGCCCGGUUAGACCAGUCCACCCCAUGGAGUCCUUCCUCGCCGCGUCUCAGUCCCUAGAAUUUGCCUUGUGGGACAACGUGGGAGAGUCCCACUUCGGCGUCCAGACAACGUGCAGGGGCGCGCAGUGCAUGUUCAAGUACCGCUGCUUGGUGGAAGACGGGCGGUUGGCCCAGCCUCCCGUAGGGGAGGGGGCGAUGCCUCCUCUCCUCAACUCUUUUUCCAAGACAGCGGCUGGGCUACCUGCACUCAUCCUGCUGGAUUCCAGCCCGAACGAGGGCUUGCUGGUGCUGUUGCGUCAGCGCGGCUUCGACGUGCGGUCGUGUGGCACGGCUGAUGGAGUGACAUGCGUGCCGUGCUCUUGGAUAGAGUUGUAUGCUCAGAGGAGACGGUGGUACGCAGGUUCACUUGUGGCGGUUUCAUCCCACUUGACGGGGAAGGAGAGCUACUUCCAGGCAGAAUGGCAUCGAUGGAUCAUCUCCUCGUAUGCCUUCGUGGCCAACGUGUUUCUCCACAGCGGCCUGGCUUUGAUGCCCGUGUUACUCGCAAAGGGCAUCCAUCGACUCGUUUUAUACGACGAAAGUCGAGGCGAGUCUGAUGAUGAGUGGAACAACGAGUGGAGUGCGUGGCAGGAGGAAUCAGCCGACGACGACAUCGAUCGACACACAAACCUGGACUGGAUCGUUUUCGCGCUGGUUUGGGGCUUCUUGCUGUUGAACGUCGGCGUCUACCUCACCCGGUCACAGGAGUAA